AUGUAUCCCAAUGCAAAUCUUCCAUGCACUCAGUUGCUCAAGGAGCUCAAAGAAGUUGUUGUGCAUGCUAGCGCUGAGACCAUUACGACAGACGUGUCGCUCUCGCCCUUCGACGGUGAUGAGUUAUCCAAAAUUCUGGACUUGAUCGACAAGCUUGGAGGCAAGCGAAAGGUUUCUCCGGUGGCAUUGCUGAUUUCCCAAUCUAGAGAAUGGGGUGACUGUCUAGCAGCCAGGUUGAUGCGGUAUUUCGUCCGAGCUAAAUUCUUCAACUUCUGCGGGCUCCCUGCUGCCCGUCUGGAUGCGGACCAGACGGUUUACAUAAAGAGGAAGAGGAACAAGCUAAUCUUAGUUCUCUCGUGGGCCUUCAACGUUGCAUUGUUCAGGGCUCCGCAGUCACACAUGGAAGAACUCCGACGAGUAUGGGUCGACCGAACUAUCAAUUCUCCGCGCUGGAAGAACUUUAACAGCAAGCUGAGCGCUGAAUGGGCAAGCAUUACAAUAUAUUCAACUGUGAUGAUAGCCGUGGACGUCAGCUUUCUGGCCGUGCCAUCUGUCAGCAUCCAGAAUCCAGGUUCGGUCACAAUUAUUAGCACAUAUCUUUCUAUUUUUUGCAUUGUUGGAUCAUUGGUUGUGUCUCUGUUUCUCACCCGACAGAGUCGGUUAUAUGGGCAGGAAUCUGCUGCCACAGCGGUCGACAUCCUCAUUAAGAUGACAGGGUCCGCAUUUGGCACCAAAGCUGUAGCGACUGUGCAUGGUCUUCCGUAUGCUAUGCUGUUAUGGGGCAUGCUGUAUUUUAUGCUUGCGUUCUCUUAUCAGGUCUUUACGUCUACGCCCACCUUGACGCUCGCGAUCACUGGGAGCGCAUGCGGCAUUGUGGCGCUGUUCACGCUGUGGCUCAUAUACGCAGCGAGAGAUUUCCAUGUUUCGACACGAAUUCUUGCGUGGCUCCGGGCUUCCAUUUGCAAGGCAGGAGACUCGGGUACAGCCUGA